AUGUCCUUCAACCCAAGACAGCACCAAAGGGCUGUUUCAGACACCGAGCCAAUUACCUACACCCCAAAAACAGGAAAACCGAGCAGAGGGCUGAAAGGGAAAAGAGUCCAUUUCUGUGAAUUCCCGGGAUGUGGAAAGCGCUUCUCAAGAGCUGAACAUGUGCGCGGUGAUAAAGUAGACGCAUAUUCAGAAAACGCCCGCAUUGAUGCUCACAUUCGAUCUAGCCCAGAAACAAUCGCUUCAGAACCACAGGGUUUAUUGCCCUCUAUACCAUUAAACCAACAACACACGUCUAUGCCGACCGUUUCUCAAGAAGCGAAUUUAAUGUCAAUCGGCUCCCUUGUGCAACCUGGUACAGAGCAUCCUUUCGCGAAUGAUUAUUCUAUGCCAACCCAUGGAUCGCCCUAUAAAAUGACCUCUACGGCUUCCGAUUGGACACCUCCGCAGGAAAGGAUCUCUUCCUUACAGAUGCUGCCUAUCUCCCUUGAAGGUGAUGCCCUUCAGACAGUAGGUGAACCUUCCCUUCAUUGGCGCUAUUGGGGAACUAGGAUUAACGUUCUGUUAGCCCUACCCGUACCAAUACCCUUCACCCGAGUGGAUGGGAAUGAGUGGCAUGCCUUGCAACACGAACUUGAUUCCUCCCCCAGUGUCGCUUUCCGAAAUGGCGGCAUGGAGGUAAUCGACACCACCCAGUGGCAGGAUUGCCUGGAGUGUUAUUGGAAGUGUUUUCACCCACUCUUCCCGAUCGUCCAUCGCCCAACUUUUAGCGCCGUAAAACCGUUUCCAUUAAUAUCCGGCGCCAUGGUGGCAAUAGGAUCACAGUACGAUACACGACCAAAUGCAAAAGAGUACUCUUUAUUUCUUUUAGAAGCGUGCCUCAAGCUUCUCACGAAAAGAAGCCCAAUAACAAUACGAUCUCGGAUUUCUGACAUCCAAGCUGUAUUUCUACUCGAAUAUCUCUCAAAACACCGAUCUAGGAAGGCCGAUGUUACCAUAUCUCCCCGAUUUAAAUCUCUAUACGGAACUGUGAGUGUUUCGACAUAUGCAUUAUAUGUUGAUCGAUCGUUGGCUCAUUUCCGGAAACAGUUUAUUCAAAACCGCCACUGGACAUCGAAAAACCCACUCGCUGUUUUCAAUACACUUUCAGAGGACGACAAAUUGGCGGGCCUGGAGAAAGCGUAUAGCUUUUGGGUGGAAAACGAAACCAGACGACGCAUAUUACAAGCCUCUUUUCUCCUUGAUGUUCAGCAAUCGACCCUGUUCCAGCAGCCUUUGGUGUUCCUCCAAGCAAAUCUCCGCACUCCCCGAUCGAAUGUAGGAAAUGUAGAACCUAUUGACUUACCAUUCCCUUGCCAAACAGAAUUAUGGGAGAUUGAAGGGAUUGAAGAAUGGGCUCAGCAUGCUAGGGCAUAUGCUAAGUCACAAGAGAAAUUAACCCUCUCCUCUGUUGCAAGGCGAAUUAUCCACCAAAACGACGACACAUUGAAACUUGAUCCGUUUCAAUCGAACCUGAUCCUGUCUUAUGCUUUGCUAACCAACAUGCGAUCUAUGGAUCUGGAGCUAGCGCUAGAACCUUUCAUCGAGAGGGUGAAACAGGAAAAAACGGAAAGAGAAUCCAUGCAAGGUCCUGGAUAUUCCAUCUCUUCAACACAUCCAAGUCAUACACUUUUCACAUAUCAUUUCCUCCUGGCAGCAUACCGUGCUCCGCUCAAAGCCCUUCUAAUAGUUAGUGGGGAAUCCUGGUUGUUUAAUCAGAAGCUCGCAGACAAAGAAGAAUAUCAGCAAGCCAAGAACACCUUGCGCAUGUGGGUUUCUGGAACUGAUGAACUGAAAAAGGCGGUUUGGCAUGCGUUACGGGCGUUGCAAUACGCCAUCGAUCAUCUAGAAUUGGGAGAUGCUCCGGUGCUGAUUAACGCCAAUCCGAACCUGUCUCGCGUCUCGGAUCUGUUCAGCGAUGGCAACGGCUGUCUAACUCCACUAGACGCUUUUACGCAAUUCAGAGGCAAUAUACACCCGACCGAAAACGCGGUUACCACCCCUGAGUAUCUCGUUGAGGGAUCUGCAACACUCCCUCACCUUAACCGAUCGGGCGCUGUCACCGCAUUGCACGCUAACUGGGCAUUAUAUAUUUGCGCCCUGAUAUGCUGGGCCUAUGGUGCAAAAACUCCAACGACAACAACAACUGAUGACCCUCUGUUUCGCCCUCCUGCUUGCCCAAGAACAUAUGUAUCUACAUUGAUGUUGCUUGCUCCUUCAUGGUCUCAGAUUUCUCACAACUCCAUUCCUGAUCACAUAAGGCGUGAUACCAGUGAAUUGCUUAAAUACGUACGUGAUAGGUGGCUCCAACCCGACAGCAUGGGUGGGCUUCUGAACGAAGGAGCAAGAGUUCUACAACGCCUCAGCGAGAAUCACCACCGAUACGAAGACAAGGCCUGGGAAUUUUGA